ACACUUUUUUGAAACACAUUAAUAUUUUUGUUCAGUCAGGUUUGCACCUAAGAUGUGUUGACAAUGCCGGUUUACAAAUGGCGUCGCGCAUGAACAUGUUGAGGAGCCUCUUUAGACGGGGAGUGCAGUCUGUUAAGAGACCAUGCACUUCAUUCUCUCUCCUUUUGGCCUCAGCUUGUGUGGAUGAAAAGGGAGCAAACACACCGACACAAUUGAAGCUUCUAAGUCAUAAAGAAAUGACACACGAGGCACUCAUUAGACAAGCAUGUACUUUAACUACCAAUUCCUCGACUCAAUUACUCACACAAGUUCUAAUUGCUAUUGAUGAUACAAGUCAAGAAUAUCGUAAAGCAAUUUCAGAACUUAUGGUGUUAAUGGAGGAAAGUCUGCUGCUUCUCACAAACUCAAGAAUUUCCUCUUUAAAUGAUGUAGAAGACAAGAUUGUGGAACAGCGAAAUUUUGUUGAUGAAAAGCGUAAACUUUUACUUGAACUUAUUUCAUUGAUGGGUUAUGUUGAGAAGAUGGUUACUUCCACUGCUGAAACGGCAUAUUUAGCAGGGGCUGAGCAUUCUAGUACAUUGAUGUGUGAACGUCUCAAUUCUGCCUUGAAUAAGGUAGAAGAAGAGAGUGCAGCCAACAAAAAGUCUGAAGAAGAGUUACUUCUACUUCAAGAGACAUACGUUUUGAAAUUGGGGGAGCUUUAUGAAAGAGAAUGGAAGGAAGGAGACAAAAAUGAAAUUGAAGAAAUAGGUGUCAGUGAAAUUAGACCAAUUGAUAUUUUUGAGGAUGCCCCAGUAAAUGAUGUGGGAGAUGCUGAGGCCAACUCUUCUGUAUGAAUGGCACACUAAUCAAUGUAUGUGCAUAGUGGGUAAAUAGACUAAGACAAAAAUUUCCCUAUCUUUUUUCAACAGUUUGUGCCAAAUUAGACAUUCAUAUUUAUUGUUAAAUCCCCCACUCUUUAGGUCUUGAGACCUCAUUGUCUCUAAAAUAAAUUAUUAAGCAGGGUAAAA